UAUACUCCGCCUCAAAAUAAGCUCAUUUCUCUACUUUAAUCCAUCAAUGGCCGAUAAGGAAAGAAACUCCAGCUUUAAUAACCAGCACGCGUGCGAACCCUGCAGAUCGUUUGGCCAGAAAUGUAGCCAUUUGGUGAAGAAGCAGCGUGCCAAAUUCUACAUUCUUCGACGGUGCAUAGCCAUGCUUAUUUGCUGGCAUGAGCGCGAGCGUGGAGAACCCUGAAAGUGAAGAAAGAAAACAAUUGAUUGGCUUUCUUCACCUAUAUAUAUCAAUAUAUAAAUAUUUUUGUUUAUGUAUCAGUUUAUAUAUGAGAGUGUAAUUAAUAGGAGUGCUUUUGAUUAAUUAUAUUAGAAAUCUUAAUUAUUAGCUUUCUUUUUAUCUUUCAAGAUAGUAUCAAUAGUGCUUAAUUGUCUUGAAUUUGGUUUGUCAAUAUGGAUUCUAGCUGUUAGAUCUCUAUAAUUUUUUCAAGAUUGUUCAAUAUCAAACUGUUUUUUGUUUUUUCUGCUUUCUUGUGUUACUGGUUUUACUUAAAGUGGUUACUUGAAUCUGGAAAAUGCAUGGAAGGCAAAUAUUUGAAGGAACUGAUGAAGGUUAUGAAGAGGAUUCUGGCUUCUUGCAAAAUUCUUAAGGUGGGUUUUUGUUUUGUUACUGCUUAUUAAUGAUAAUAAUUAUCACUUAAUGGGUUCUUUUUUUACA